AAGUAACAAAUUCACUUACACUACAAACAAUUUCCCAAUCUCCAAGAUUAUUAGAGCACCACAAGAAAUUCAUAAACCUCAUUAUUUUUAUACCAUCCAACUUUACUUGCCACACCAAAAUUUGUACACCGCGUACCGCUUAUUAUGGAGCAACAAAGGCCUCACUUCCUCCUAGUCACCUUCCCGGCGCAAGGCCACAUCAACCCAGCCCUCCAGUUCGCCAAGCGAUUCUUAACGGCCGGGGCUGAUGUCACCUUUGCCACCGCUGCCUCUGCGCACAAAUGCCUUAAAAAGGCUACGGUCCCUGAGGGUAUGACCUUGACUACUUUUUCUGACGGGUAUGAUGAUGGCUAUAAGCCCAGUGACGGAGAUGCCACCAACUAUAUGUCAACAUUCCGCCAACGCGGGGUUGAGACAUUAUCGGCACUCUUUGAGAAGAGUGUCGUCGAGGGUAAACCAAUUACAUGCUUGGUGUACACACUCCUCCUACCUUGGGCCGCCGAGGUAGCACGUAAGUUUCACGUGCCAUCCGCGCUCCUUUGGAUUCAACCUGCCACAGUUUUAAAUAUUUACUACUAUUAUUUUAAUGGGUAUCGCGAGGUUAUAAAUGAAUGUGAGAAAGACCCUUCAUGGUCGUUAGAAUUACCAAACAUGCCAUUGAAGCUCAAAGCACGUGACCUCCCUUCAUUUUUUCUUCCUUCCAACCCUUCCCUUUACACUUUUGUCCUCCCCACAUUCCAAGACCAAAUACAACAAUUAGAGAUUGAGGAGAAACCAAUAAUCCUUGUUAAUACCUUUGAAGCUUUAGAAGUUCAUGCUUUAAAAGCUAUUGAGAGGUUCAACUUAAUUCCUAUCGGCCCUAUCCUUCCCUCCGCCUUCUUGAAUGGAAAGGACCCCUCCAACAAAUCCUUUGAAGGGGACCUCUUCCAACAAUCUAAGGAUGCGGAUUACAUGAAAUGGCUAAACUCGCAAGGAAAAAAUGCUAAGGUGGUCUACGUGUCGUUUGGAAGCAUCUCAGUGCUAUCCAAGCCACAGAUGGAGGAGCUAGCCAGAGCCCUAAUACAGACCCACAGGCCGUUCUUGUGGGUCAUUAGGGAGAAGGCGAGUCAUGAAAUAAAUGAAGAAGAUAAUAAAGAUGAAGACGAGUUGAGUUGCAUGGAGGUGCUUAAACAACAAGGGUUAAUAGUCCCAUGGUGCUCCCAAGUGGAGGUGCUAUCCCACCCCUCAGUGGGGUGCUUUGUGACACAUUGUGGGUGGAACUCGACCUUAGAGAGCCUAGCAUCAGGCGUCCCCAUGGUCGGGUUUCCACAAUGGACGGAUCAAACAACGAAUGCUAAAUUGGUGGAGGAUUUAUGGAAGACUGGAGUAAGGGUUAACGUGAGUGAAGAAGAAGAAGGCGGUGUAUUAGUUAAGAGUGAAGAGAUUAAGAGGUGUUUGGAAGAGGUUAUGGAUAGUCAAGUGAUUAAGGAGAAUGCUAAGAAAUGGAGAGAAUUGGCGGUCGAAGCGGUCAACGAGGGUGGAUCGUCUGAUAAGAACUUGAAGGCUUUCAUGGAAGAGUUGUUUAUUAAUGUUAAAAGCAAAAAGAUUCAUGAAUGAUGAUGAAGAAUUAGUACGUUUAAUUGUUGCAUUAUCAUUUGUUAACUUUUAAUUAGCACAUCAUUAAAUUACUAGAUUAGCUGAUUUGAAGAGGUAGCAGCUAAUUACUUAGUGGAUUAUUAAAUUAGCAAAUUAGUCAACAUAAAUACUAUAUUAUUUUUUUUAUUACUAAUUUAAUAUGCUUAUUAUAUGGUAACCGGUCUUUUGUAUGUUGAAUGAUGAUUAAUACUUCGUAUCUAAGUCCACUAGUUGGUCUUCUGAAUAGAUUCAUCGUAUUGGCAAUUGUAAACCACUUGUAAUUUAAGUUUAAUGUUGAAACUUGAAAAGAUUAUAUUAUUGAUUUAUUUUUUAAAAAA